GCCCGGCCCAGCCCGGCCCGCUGCGCCCUACAGCCACCGCACCCCGCCGGUAUCGCCCCCCUUGCUGCUGCGCCCCACGGCCGUGGCACCCCAUUGGUAUCGCCCCCCUGCCCUGUUGCACCCUGUCAGCAUUGCACCCCACCCCACCGGCAUUGCACCCCGCCGCUGUUGCACCCUAUGAGUACUGCACCUUGCCGGAGCUGCUGCACCCCACUGGCAUUGCACCCCACCGCUGCUGCGCCCCAUAACCGGGAUGGGGCUCAACACGGUGAAGCUUUGGAGGCCCUUGGCAAGGGAGCAGCCCGCUCAAGGAAGGCAGCAAGGAGUUGUGGUCUGACCCACACAGCUGGUACAGCACCUUGUGCCCCACAGCUGGUGGGGUGAUGAAGCUGAAUGAGCGGAGCGUGGCCCACUAUGCCACCUGUGACUCACCUGCUGACCAUGCUGGCUUCCUCCGCAAGCGGGUGGAGCGGUACCACCACCAUGCCCACCACCACCACUCCACCUCCUACCAGCGCCGCUGGUUUGUCCUCAAGGGCAACCUCCUCUUCUACUUCGAGGAGCGGGAGAGCCGGGAGCCCAUGGGGCUGGUGGUGCUGGAGGGCUGCACUGUGGAGCUGUGUGAGGCUGCUGAGGAGUUUGCUUUCGCCAUCCGCUUUGACGACGCUGGCGCCAGGGCUUACGUGCUGGUGGCCGAUGGACAGGCUGCCAUGGAGGCCUGGGUGAAGGCGCUGUCGCGGGCCAGCUUCGACUACAUGCGGCUGGUGGUGAGGGAGCUGGAGAAGCAGCUGGAAGAGGCUUGCAAGAGCUUGGCCGCUUGCCGCAAGUCUCCACGGAGGUCCUCCUCCUCCGGCAGGAAGAGGCACCUCUCCAACCCUGCUUUGCUGCCUCUCCAGGAGAAGCCUGCUGUCCUGGAGAAUGGUUACUCCACAUGGGGUAGUGGUGGCGGCGUCCCAGGGGGGGCUGCCUGCCCCGACCAUGACGGGGGGCACCCAAAGCCCCCGCCCCUACCCCCACGCCGGCGCUCGGCUGCUGGCAGCGCCACAGGGUCCCCAGCACCCAGCCUCUCGCCAGCCAUGCCGGAGAGUCCAGUGUCACCAGAGACGGCCUGUUUCUCCAAGCUGCACAGCUGGUAUGGGCAGGAGAUUGCGGCGCUGAGACGGGAGUGGCAGGAGAGGCAGAAGGGGGGACACCCAUGACUGGGGGCGCGGGGCAUGAGCCACUGGCCAUCCAGUGUCCAGCAGCCUGUCUCCCACAUAGGAAAAGCAAAGCAAGGGAUGCUGCUUGCCCCCUGCCCUGGUUGGUGGCCGAGUGUGCGGUGCGUGUGUGCUUCACUGGGUGUGUGGGAGGGAUCCAGGUCUCCCCCAAACCUUGCAUUUCAUUUCCAUGACGCUUUAUACAGCUGGAGAAUGUAUAAUACUAGUGGGAGCUGCCUUUGAACUCUCCUCUGCUGGUGAUACAAGGUGUGGAGGGGGCACAAAUCAGCAUGUAUGCAGCGAACCUUACCUGAUGGGCUUGGCCCCUUGCCAUCCUGGCAUGGUGGAUGCUCUAGGUGCUUCAUUGCCUGUUUCUCCUUCACCACUUUUUUUUUUGUUUUGUUUCUCAGCGUGGAAGUUUGUACAGGUCAGCAGUUAUUAUUGUCUGUGGUCUUGCGCCAAAGUCCUUCUGCCUUUGCUCUUUUGCUGCAGAUAAGGCUGGGCUUUUAUGAAACGCCUGCAAUGGGCCACUGGCCCUGGCGGGUGCCUCCAACCUUAUGCUUCUGUCACCACAGAACAUGUGUAAGCCACUGUGGCUGUGGCUGGCCCAGCAGCCAGGGCAAUGAGGGUCAGGAUUUUGCAUCGUUGGGAUUUUUUACUUUCAUCUGCACUACCCCUCCUCCCUGCUAGAUCCUUCAGGAUGUUGAUUUCAUGGGCUUGCAUCCAUCUCUUUGGGUGCCCAAGCUCAGCAGCAAGGCUGAAACGGAGACAUUGAGCCUGGUCUGAAGCAAUAGUGAGGACCAGGAGCUCCCCAGGGCUGAUCUGAACUCUAUCAAGCAGUAGCCAAGCCUGUUAAUAUAUCCAGCUCAAGCCUUUCUUGCUCCAGAACAAGGACACUAAAGCCUCUUUGCCUGGCCAGGGGUGAAUUUCUCAGCCUCUGUGCAGAUCGUAGCUCCUGCAAAGUGCCAUAUAGGGAGUGCCCAGCCAGCUUGUUGGGCAGCUUGCCCGAGACGGUGGCCAGAGCUGCACUCUUGCAGGGCCUCUCUUGCUGUUGCGGCUCUUGGCAGAGCUGUGCAGUUGGAGGAGAGGCUGUGGAGGAGUGGGAAGUGGGCUGGUCCCAGGUGGAGCAGUGAAGGUGUGGGAGUGAGCUACAGGUGGUACUAACUACGUGUCAGCAGUGUCUGGACUCGCCUCUCUAGUGUCAAAGCCAUGCCACUGCCUUCUACCAAAGCCAGCACCUGACCUGCUGAUGCUUCCCUCCAAUUUCAUGUCAGUGUCACUUGGCUGAUCUCUGUAGCAUGUCCCAUCCCCCCAGCGGGUGAGGAGGGCUGUGGAGAGGCACAUCUGUCGCCUCACUACAGAAUUGGACUUGCCCUUCAGUAGGUCAAAAACCUUGGCCAGAGGGCGUACAGUACAAGUAGGUGGGUGCUGAGUCCAGGGGCUAGAACACCCUGGAUAUAGGGUUUAUAAAUCUUCUCCCUUAUCUUCUUGACAAGGGCUAUUUUUCUGAGCACAAAAAAAUAGGUGAAGCAGUCUUGUGCUUCCUGUCUAACAGUGUUAAACCUGUUUUUAUUGCCCUGUUUUAUUAACGAGCCUUGCUAGGAAAGCAAGAGGCCAUUCUAGGUUGUGACUGGUAGGAACCUAUUUGCCUUUCUGGAGUUAAACACAUUCAGCUUAAUACUUAACAGUAGCCAGUGGAGAUUGCCAAUACAGAAAUCAAAUGACUUCCAUUAACUCUUGGUGCCUUUGAAAAUAUAUCCCUGUUUUGGAUGAUGAGCUUCCAGCCUUCUGCCUAAUUAUGGCUCAAUGCUAUAUUAGAGGAAAUCAGAUCUAAAAUCAGAUCUUACAACUAUGACUUUGGGCAGUGGGAGUGUAACCUUCACAAUGUGGUGGCGCAAUCCAGUCCUCUCCAGUUCGUGCCUGUAUUUCUUCACAGUAAGAACCUCUGAGUUUGGGAGGAUUACCUUUGUUCUGCUUUUUAAGUGAAAACCAGGAGCAGGUAGCCAUGGGCCAGUGCCCAGGCUGUGUCAGCAGCCCAGCUGGCUGGACUUACAAGCCAUCUCUGCCUCCCUGCCUGCUGCUUGAAGAGUUCUGUGCUGCAGCAUCCCUGGCUGGGAACCUGGCCCCUUCCCCAUGCCGGGAGAGCAGCAUCAGAGGAUGACCUGGUGCCUCCUUGCUCUGAGCAUGGGUAUUCUGGGGCCAGUCAGAUUUGGCAAGCAUUUUUCUGUGGUAUUUUUUGUUUGGUUGUUGGUUGGUUGUUUUGUUUGUUUGUUUGUUUUUAGUGUAAUACAGAAAGAAAAAUAUUCCUGAUGUCUCAGACUUACAUAAGACAGUUCGAUGAUAAAGAUUUAACUUCCAAAAUUAAUCAAAAUGUAAUGGAAGUUCCCACAUGAGACGCAAGUAUCAGGAGUGACUUGAAAGGGGAAAAAAAAAAAUUAACAAAGCCAGUUCUGUCAGAAGUGGAACUGAAACAGUAUUAUUCAUUUAAGGGCAGUUUCACUUUUAAGAAGCUUAGUUUGUUUUAUUAAGCCCAGAUUGUGCUAGUAACACUACUAAAGAGCUUAUAUUUAAUGCUUUAAUCUGUCCCAUUCAAAUGGCACAAUUUCCGUGCUACCUGCCUUUGCAUUAGCACAUAGCCCAACUAAAUCCUAAAUCCUGCAAAUGAGGUGCUGCGCUUUGCUUUCUGUCCGAUCGCAUUCGGAGUAAUUUUGUGUUUUAUUCCGCAGUGCCAAGAAGAAAAUGGCAGAAUCCUGAACAGUAUUUGUGCUCAGCCCGUCUGUCUGUGCCUGGGCCUUUGCUAGGUCUCCGAAGCACUGGUCAGGAUGUGUAUGGUCAGGGCUUCCCACCACCCUGCUCACCUAGCAGGGAUGGCCGUUUUGUGAGUAGAAAGAGCCAUAACUGGAGCCAUGUCCAAAUUUGUAUGGGAAUACAGGUUUUUUUAAUGACCACCACUGCUUGCUCCAUUAAGCAGGAAGCACCUGGGUGCUUCGCCACCUCCUCUUGAGAUGGAGGCUAUCAAACCAGCUCAGCUGAGAAUUGGUUGUGCUGGCAGAGCAUUUGAAGCAGACCUCAGGCAGCAGGUCAGGAUUUCAGCUUCCUGAAGUUGCACGUGCAGCUGGCUAAUGGAGCAUCCUCUCUGUCUCCAGGCAAGGAAGAGCCAAGGGUUUUCACUGCCCGUUGUCUCAGACAGCAAAGUAAUACUGAUUAAUUGCUACACAGUUUUCUUCCAGUCAUUCAGGUUUGGACUGUUUCACCUCCUGCCUUUCCUUUCUCUUAUUAUUUUUUAAAAAUAGAAAAUGUCUGGGCAGCACAAAACAAGUUCCCUAGGAAAGGGGGACCUGAACGUGAAAGCUGAAUGGCUGCUUUUCUUAAAAGUACUGAAAUAGAAUCUUUUUCUAAGAACUUUCUUUAGUGUAAUAAUGCAAGUGAUGAGAGAAAAAUGCUUGAAUCUGAAUGCUUGGAUUUAAAAGAAAUUGAAGACUGAAGGAGGGCAGUUCUGACAUGGCCUUUGUAAGCACUGCCAAGAAGGGCUCCCAAUCCUGCUAAAAUGGUUGAUGAAAUCCUGUUUUUCUGGGGCUGGCAUUUCAGAUUCAGGCCCAUAAUGUAUUGUUUUAUUUCUGCACAUUUAUCUUUUAUAAAACAACUGCGGUGACGUUUCCCACUGAAUCCAGGUCCUAGUGGUAAGAGUAACCUAAAGAUCCUACCUGUGGCCACUGCUAGCCAUUUGGUGGACACUGGCAAGCAAGAGUGGACGUUUUCCAUUACAAUCACUACAGCAUUAAUAGUUUGGGGGUGGGUGACACCCCCCACCCCCCCCCGUCUUACCCUUCUCAACUGCCUUUGCAGAGAAACUUUGUUUUGCCGAAGGGCACAGGGGAACACGUGGCCCUCGCCGGCUGGGGGCAUGUCACCAGCACCUCGUGCUCAUGUCACCAGCACCACGUGCUCGGUAACUUGCACGGGGACCUGGCAGCCACCCGCGGGAAUGCGCCCGCCCUUGCAGUGGGUACCCGUUAGGUAGAUGACGCGUUCUUUUUUGAAGAGGCGGUUUUGCAUGCACCUUCGUUUUAUACAUGGAACUUGUAUUACGCAUUUCAAGAUACUGUUACCAUUUGUAUUUUACGCCGUGAAGCCAAAUAAACCGUUUUGAUUUGUA